CCUCCUUUUCCAGGGGGAUGCAAAUUUGUUGGAAAUCACUUAAGCCUGUAAGUCGGAUUCAUGAGAAGACCAGUCCUCCACUUUCCGUCCAGAGGCUGACAUCCUGAGAUCAACGUGGAACUUCUUUAAAACCUCCAGAAAGAUGAAGUUGCUACUCUUUACCUUCACCAGCCGCAGAUGUUGGAGCUAGAAAUCAAGCCACCGGCAGGAUAGAUCACCCUUUGGCUGUUGACUGUAGAAAGUGAAGAUGCUCACAGAACUAGCCUGCUUACUUUUCCUAAUGCAAUCUGGCCUGGUAGAAGGACAGUGGUGGUGGCAACGGCUCUGGGGCUUCCCUGUAACGGCCACUUCGCCUUUCCCGACAGCUGUCAGUACUGUCACUUCGCACAUGCCAAAGGAUUAUCCAACCAGUGUUGUUUUACUGAAGGAGACUGGGGUACCCUCAGUGGUUUUUGCAGGAUGGAACCCUUCUGGCAUGAUUUCAAGUCUCCCUGGAAUACGCUCCAAACCUACCUUACCCAUUGGAGAAGCAGUCAUGCCUUUCCCCACAAAAACGCCUCUGGAACUAGAUCUGGAGUUUAAAAUGGCAAAGAAAAUAAAUCUGUGGAAACAAAAGAAAGCAGAAAGAGGAUCAAAGGGGCAUCUUGACCUCACAGAACUAAUAGGAGUUCCACUUCCACCUUCUGUCUCCUUUAUCACUGGCUAUGGAGGGUUUCCAGCAUACAGUUUCGGACCAGAAGCUAACAUUGGCCGUCUGACAAGGACUCUGAUACCUCAGCAGUUCUACAGAGAUUUUGCUAUCACUGUUACAGUCAAACCAAACAGUGACAAUGGAGGUGUCUUGUUUGCCAUAAUGGAUGCCUUUCAGAAGACAAUUUUCUUGGGAAUCAGGCUAUCGCCUGUGGAUGAUAGCACCCAGAGAAUAAUUAUGUACUACACUGAACCAGGUUCUCACAUAUCCCGAGAGGCUGCUUCAUUCAAAGUCCCAGUGAUGACCAACAAAUGGAAUCGCUUUACUAUGACUGUACAAGGAAAUAACAUUGUAUUGUUCAUGGACUGUGAAGAGUAUCACAGGGUGCAGUUUCAGAGAUCAGCUCAGGCCUUGUCCUUUGAACCUAGUUCUGGCAUAUUUGUGGGGAAUGCUGGAGCCACAGGACUGGAAAGAUUCACCGGCUCCAUUCAGCAGCUAAUAAUCAAACCAGAUCCAAGGGCUACCGAGGACCAAUGCGAGGAGGAUGAUCCAUACGCUUCGGGAGAGAGCAGUGGCCAUGAUGGCAUUCAGGAGCAGGAGGGCAUCCUUGAGACACAAGAAAUCAUUCGACCCACGCGAGCCCCACAACUGUUUGGGAAUUUAUCUGAAGAAGCAACUGCUGGACCAGUAGGAGCACCACCAACCACGUCACCUCAUUCUGAAGAAAUUGAUUUCUCUGGACAACAUCUCUUAGAAGAAAUGCCAAGCCCAACUAAAGCUAAAGCACAAGGUUUAACCACUAUAGAAUCUGGUACACAGAAAACUGAAACUACCACAAUAGCUCAGGAAACAUUAAACACAGAACAUGGACCUCAUACUGAUGUCCUGCAAAUUGCAAAUGGAGAAAAAGGUCAAAAAGGUGAAAAGGGUCAAAAGGGAGAAGAAGGACCAUCGGGACCUCCAGGAAAAGCAGGACUAGAGGAAGCACAACCUGGGACUAUAGGACCACCUGGGCCUUCUGGGAAGCCUGGUGUGGAUGGUAAACCCGGUAUCCCUGGCAAAGAUGGGUUACCAGGUAAUCCAGGACCUCAGGGAGAACCAGGGUUGAAAGGAGAAGCUGGUCCUAAAGGAGAAAAGGGAGAUCUUGGCAUUGGAUUGCCAGGGCCACCUGGACUUCCAGGGCCUCCUGGACCACCUUCUCCAACUAGAGGAUUUAGAAGAAUGGAUAUGGAAGGGUCUGGCUCGGGUGACUUUGACAGAGACAUAGAACUUCCAAGAGGCUCACCUGGACCCCCAGGACCUCCGGGUUUACCUGGUCCUCCAGGAUUGCCAGCACCAGAUUUGAAUGCUGCCUUGCCAGGAGAAAAUGGGAAGGAUGGGGUGUCUGGAGACCCAGGCCCACGAGGUCCCCCUGGUCGUCCUGGUAAGGAUGGAUUGGUUGGCUUCGCAGGAACGAAGGGAGAAAAAGGUGACCAAGGUCUUCGGGGAUCAGUUGGACCAAAGGGAGACCCUGGAGAGAUUGGAUUACCAGGUCCUAAAGGGCAGGCAGGAGCUGAUGGAGAGCCUGGGAAACCAGGACUCCCAGGACCUCCGGGACCACCUGGCCCAGGCUAUGGAUUUGGAUUUGAGGAUAUGGAAGGCUCAGGGAUCAUUGAUUUAUCAAGUCGACCUGGAAUCUUGGGAUCCAGGGGGCCAAAUGGAGUAAAAGGUGACAAUGGACUACCAGGUAUACCUGGUUUAAAGGGAGAACAAGGCAUAGAAGGAAGGCCAGGUUUUCCAGGUGUUGCUGGACGUCCUGGAGAUUCAGGUUCAAAAGGAGAAAAAGGUGACCCAGGACCCAAGGGUGAACCAGGACAAGAUGGUGCUAGUGUUGUGGGGCCACCUGGGCCACCUGGACCACCAGGGCCCACUAUAGCCAUUCCAGGGUCAGAUGGAAGUUUUAAUAUUACUGGAAUCAAAGGACUUGUUGGGUCUCCAGGUCCAGAUGGUAAGCCUGGCCUGCCAGGAUUUCCUGGCCCUAGGGGACCAAAAGGAGAUACUGGACCAUCUGGUUUACCGGGACAGAAAGGAAUGCAGGGUGAAAAGGGUGAACCAGGAGCUAUCGUUGCUUCGACAGACUCUCUAACAGAAUUGAUAAGAAGGCCAGGAGAGAAGGGUGAACCUGGAAUUAUGGGACCACGAGGACAAAUGGGACCAAUUGGACCUCCAGGACUUAAAGGAGAACUUGGUUUCCCCGGCCGGCCUGGACGCCCUGGCCUGAAUGGAUUGAGAGGCAUGAAAGGUGAACGGGGUGUAACAUUAUAUGGUCCCCCUGGUUCGCGUGGACCGCCUGGGCCUCCAGGCCCCCCUGGCCGAGUGGUUUUUAUUAAAGGAACAGUUUUCCCAGUUUCUCCCAGGCCUCAGUGCAAAACACCAGUAGGCACUGCUCAUCCUGGAAACCGAGAAGUAACUGAUGGUUCCUGGGAUAUACAUGGUCCAUUGAACGUAAAAGGCGAAAAAGGAGACAGAGGUCCACCAGGUCCACCAGGUCCUCCUCUACCAUCAACAUAUUUCAGCCACUUAAACAUAAUGAAGGGUGAGAAAGGAGACAAUGGAGAAACUGGCCUUAAAGGAGAAAAAGGAGAACCAAAUGGAGGUUUUUUAAUGUCAGGACCUCCAGGACUCCCUGGAAGACCAGGACCAGUGGGGCCAAAAGGAGACAGAGUUGUUGGACCUAGAGGCCCUCCAGGGGUACCAGGCCUACCAGGGCCUCCAGGGUUUGGACCAGCUGGACAUCCCGGGCCCCCGGGCCCUCCUGGGCCCCCAGGCCCUCCUGCAAUCUAUGGCUCAGCUGUUGCUAUGCCAGGGCCACCAGGACCUCCGGGAGAACCAGGACUACCAGGGACCAGGAAUUUGGUCACAACACUUAGAAAUGUUGACAGUAUGCUGCAAAAGGUUCAUUUAGUGUCAGAAGGCACAUUGAUCUAUCUUAGUGAAACUAGUGAGAUUUUCAUCCGUGUUCAAGAUGGAUGGAAAAAAUUACAGCUUGGUGAACUGAUUCCAAUUCCUGCUGACAGCCCCCCACCUCCAGCAAUUUCAAGUCCAGGAUUUCAGCCCCUUCCAGCACCAAUUCCAGCUUCAAGUACUGGCAGUGGAAGGCCAAGUCUUCAUCUGGUGGCUUUGAACACCCCGUUUUCUGGUGAUAUGCGGGCUGACUACCAGUGCUUUCAACAAGCCCGGGCUGCUGGCUUAGUCUCAACGUACAGAGCUUUCUUAUCUUCACAUUUGCAAGAUCUAUUAACCAUUGUCCGAAAAACAGACAGAAGUCUGCCCAUAGUUAAUCUUAAGGGAGAAGAGAUAUUCAAAAACUGGGAGUCAAUAUUUUCUGGCAAUGGAGGACAGUUUGACCUCCGGUUUCCAAUAUAUUCCUUUGAUGGUAGGAAUGUCAUGACAGAUCCAGCUUGGCCUCAAAAAAUCAUCUGGCAUGGUUCAAGUCUAAAUGGGAUACGACUGAUUAGCAACUACUGUGAAGCCUGGAGGACAGCAGAUCUGGCCGUCAUGGGACAAGCUUCACCCCUCCAGUCUGGAAAGCUUUUGGAUCAAAAAGCAUAUAGCUGUAGCAACAGGUUUAUUGUGCUUUGUAUUGAAAACAGUUAUAUCUUAGAUAUCGGUAGGAAAUAAAAUCCCAUUUUUGCUCCGCACAUGUAAAUUAAAAUUUUAUGACAAAAAAUGUUGACACUGAACUGUAAUUUUUAAGUGAUGUAAAUAUUGUACUGUAAUUUCACACAUAAAAAGAAGAUAACCAAAGAAAGCAUACCUCAGUACAGAAUCAUGUUCCAAGAUGGUGAAAUUCAUCUUUCUGGAUCAUUUCCACCCCACAUGGAGGCUGCAUAGGAGGUCAGCAGGACUGAAAUACCACAUUGAAGUGCCUUAUUAAUAUGGAACCUGUCCCCAUUAUAAGACUGCUUUGGGGUUGGAGGUCAAAGUUCUGACAGGGAUAUCAGUAUGCUGUGUAAUCAAGGAGGAUCAUAACCACAGGGUUCAUUCUUUGAGUGAGCCUACAAUAUGUGUCCCCAUGCAGAAGGGUUAUGUUAUUGUUACUGCUGCCCAUGAACUGCCAUUAGCCUUUCUACUAGAUAAGGUCAGUUGAACUUCAGUAGCUCAUUGUCCUCAUUUUUUUAUUCCACUAAACCUUAGACUGGUGUGCAAGGAGCUGUUUUGGAGACAUCCAUUGCCCACCCUCCCUUGACUGCAGACAACCAUAUGUCGCACUGAUUUUGAAACACCUCCUCAGUAGCAAAAGCAGGUUGCCUUGGGACACUUCUUUUUAAGAAACACAAGUCCAGAGUUCUCUUGAGCACAUGGAACAAGAUGCAUAGUUUGCAAACCUGACACAUUAAAAAGCCCAUGAUUGGAAAACUAGAACUCUACAGAAUGUAAAAUCUUCCUUUAGGCAACUGUGAUGAAUGUAAUAGACCUGAGUUUAAUCCAUUUCACCACCAAAAUCUUUGCACACAGAAGGUGAAUUUCACCAAUAUGGAAACAGAAUCUGAUGCAUAUUUUGGUGCUACUGUGGUCUAUAAAAUCCUCAUACAGUGUUGAUCAUAAAUUUUAAUAAUUGUAAUGGCCCAGAGGGCCAUUUCUACACAUGCUGUAGGGCUUUGAGGCUCCCCUCUCUUCCAAUGGUAGCCGCCUCUGCACCACCUAAAAAGCCAUUCCCAAAACUUGGUGGAACUUCAAGAGUGGUGUCUAAUGCAACAUGAAGAGCUGAACACUGAAGAGCAAAAAUAGGGAAGCCCCUGAGAUGCACAUGCUGAAUUACUUGUGCACACCUGAGAACUCCAUCUACUUCUGGUCUAUUGACUGCAAUAAACUGACUGAACUGAACUCUUAAAAACUUUUUUUGAUUCCAACCAAUGCAGUGUCUUGUACCUACAAAAGCCAUCUGUGACUAAUACACUUGCAAGCACUUCUACUAUGCUUAAGUAUCCAUUCCAGUUUAGCGAAAGCUGUUUUCUUGUUGCAACAAGAAUUGUGGACAGACAGAUGUUUUCAUAUAGAUAUUGAAUCAUAUAUAUUAAUUAAAUAAAAUGUACUACUUUUCCUUCCCCGUCCCUUUGUUGUAUCUGUGGAGCACUUAUUUCUUCAGGACUGUUGUUCAUAUAAUGUAAUUCUCAGUAGGAACUAAUUUGUAAUUCUUAGGAGUUGUCAGUGAAUGAUGUGAUGUUCCUCACAAAAGCAGUAUUAUUAUCAUGCUGUAGACAUUUGUCUCCUCUGUAUUGUCUUACAGUGUAUUUUUAACAACCUGUACACUUGUAGUAGUCACCACUUAAAGUUAUCUGUAAGCAAUAAUCACAGUUUUAAAAAAUAAGCUAGUAGCUCUAGUCUUAAAUGAUUUCUAUUAUUCAUGACAUCAAAUCAGUACCUUAAUAACUAUUUUUAUUCAGAAUAUGUUUCUUUCCAGAGUCCUUAUCAUUUGUAACCAAUUUUGUUUUAUAUCAAAUGAAAAUGUGAAAUUAAGUUCUAUUUUUCCAUUUUAUUUAAUAUAAAAGCAUCUUUCCCACUG